ACACUGACCUGCACUGACCGGGGACACUCAGGUGGGAAGAGCUUAGGAAAGUGAACCAGGGAGAAACAUUUAAGCAGGAGAAGAAGACGACAAACAACUGCAUCUCUGUUCAUUUUCCCCCAAACCAGUCAGAUCAUCCAGAAUGUGGUUCAGAGCGUCUCUCCUCUGUCUGUCCUGCUUUGCUCUGUUCAGCCACAGCCAGGCCCAAGAUCGAGCCUCCCUCCGCCGGUCCAAUGACUCGACCGGACGCUGCCAGUACACCUUCACGGUGGCUUCACCAGAAGAGUCCAGCUGCCCCGUAAGCAGCGCAAAACCAGAGAUAGAUGGAGUCCUGUCCCGGCUCACCCUGCUGGAAGCUUUGGUCAGCCGGGUGAUAGCAGGACAGGACGGAGGCACCAGUACCGGGGUCGGGCCUAAAGACGAAGAGGGUCUCCGGGAGGCUUACUCCCAGGUUACAGGGGAAAGAAACCAGCUGCAGCAGGACAAGGAGCGUCUGAAUAAGCAGGUUCAGGAUCUGCAGAGGAGGCUGGCGGAGCUGAGCCAGGAGGCAGAGAGCCUCAGGCAGAAAUCCUGCCAGCAGACACACACCUCAGGGGCAGCUCAGCAUGAAAACAGGCCUGCCAAUGACCCUGCACAUGACUUGGGGAAUGGUGGAUAUCAGGAGAUGAAGGCUGAGGUGACGGAGGUUCCUGCAUCCCACCUCCUUCCUGAUGGAAAUCACAACUUCACAGGUUGUGGAGAGCUACUGUCAGUGGCAGAGCCUGUGAUGCACAGAAAGGCUGAUGGAAUUACAGGGAAGUAUGGAGUUUGGCUGCAGGAUCCUGAGCCUCAGGGCCCUUAUUACACCAACAAGACUGUGUGGCGCGUCGAUGCAGUGGGUAAAGAUGUGCGUCAGCUCUUUGUAUACGAAGACAUGGAUCAGUUCACCAAAGGCUUCCCGAUGAAGGUCCUGGUUCUGCCAGAGCCAGUGGAGAGCACAGGAGCAACCCUGUACCAAGGCUCCUUCUACUACCAGCUCAGACGCAGCCGUACGCUGGUUCGAUAUGAUCUGGCCUCUGAGAGCGUGGCGUCACGCAUCGACCUGCCUAACGCCGGGUUCCGUGGCCAGCACCCGUACUCCUGGGGCGGCUACACUGACAUCGACCUGGCGGUGGACGAACAGGGCCUGUGGGCCAUCUACAGCACCAGCAAAGCAAAGGGCGCGAUUGUGAUUUCCCAGCUGGACCCCAAGAGCUUGGAGGUGAAGAAGAGCUGGGAGACCAACAUCAGGAAGAACACGGUGGCCAACGCUUUCAUGGUGUGUGGACGUUUGUACACGGUGGCCAGCUACACGGCACCCAACACCACCAUCAACUAUGUGUUUGAUACAGCGACCGGCGUGGGACAAGCUGUGUCCGUGCCCUUCAAGAACAAGUACCGCUACAACAGCAUGGUGGACUACAACCACGCCCAGAGGAAGCUGUUCGCCUGGGACAACUACCACAUGGUCACCUAUGACGUCAGACUGGGCAGAGCCAGCAGCUAGACGACUGCUGCUCACAGGACUGUGCUGAUGCAAGAACAAGGAAAAGAGGUGAAAGGCGGAAUCAUUUCAGCUGGUCAGAUUAUUGCAAGACUAUGGUAUCUGUGUGUUUUUGAACUAUAAAAUCUUCUUUUUUUAUAAUUUGUAUUGUAAAUAAGAUGUGCGAUGACAACAAAGAAAUGUUCAUAAAACAGAUUAGUGUUGCUAUAUGAUAGAGUCAGUGCUGAUCCCAGGAAUUGUAAACUGUAACCACGAUGCAAUGACGGAGUAUUUUUGUAAUCUGUUAAUAAAUGUUCAUGUUAUUUAAGUUCUCAAUAAAAUUUUGAAAAAGUA